AUGGCCAGUCUCGAGAGCCAAGUAUCAAAGCAGGGCGAGGCCCCUCUCCAGAACUACAAUGAAGAUGCAGAACAACUGGCUACCCUUGCAGAAGGCAAAGUCGCUGAUGCAGUAAAGAAGACAAGCACAAGAGAUCAACCUCGCAAGGAUGACAUCAAGAUCGAAGAUUAUACUUCCGACCUUGACAGGAAAAAGGCCGAGCAGGCUGAGGCUAGAGAGGAAAUCAAAUCCCAGAGGAAAGAAGGUGUUGAUGUUGAUGGAAGUCUUGGUCAGGGCAGGUUGAGCAACGAAGACAACAGCAGUGUCUGA